UUGGCACGGAGUCUGUUGAGCCAGUUGACAGAUUCUCUGCCUGCGCAGCAGACGUGGAGCAUCUGUCUUCUCCAUCCCAGCUGGGAAUAGAGAGUGAUUUGCUGACAUUUGCGAGCCAAACUCUGGACUGACUGUACAGGUUUGGAAGAACAGUUUUACGUCACUCCGAAAAAUCUGAAGUGGGCUACCUAAAGGAACCAUAGGGAUUGAUCCCAUCCCUGACAUUCCUUUUUUGGUGUUUACCCCACUUAUUUUGCUGGUGGUUUUUGGUCACAAAACACCAUGAGCUCAUGUCAGCGAAAGCGCCGUGGAGGAGCAGUUGGCUCCAGACCAGCUCGGAAAAGGAGCAGGCUGCUGCCCUCCAGCGCAGGUGGAGCUUCGCAGACAGAGCCAAUAGACCUUGAGGAAAGUGGUGCGCCUGCUUUUGAGCCUGAUGUCAUCGAUCUCACACAUGAAGAUGACAUCAUCAAUCUCAGACGUGAAGAGGACAUCAUCGAUCUCACACGUGAAGAUGACAUCAUUGAUCUCACACGUGAAGACAACAUUAUCGAUCUCACAGGCGAAGACGACGUCAUUGAUCUCACUGGCGAAGACGACGUCAUUGAUCUCACAGGCGAAGACGACAUCAUUGAUCUCACAGGCGAAGACGACAUCAUCGAUCUCACUGGUGAAGAUGACAUCAUUGAUCUCACUGGUGAAGACGACAUCAUUGAUCUCACAGGCGAAGACGACAUCAUCGAUCUCACUGGCGAAGACGACAUCAUUGAUCUCACUGGCGAAGACGACGUCAUUGAUCUCACAGGCGAAGACGACAUCAUCGAUCUCACUGGCGAAGAUGACAUCAUCGAUCUCACUGGUGAAGACGACAUCAUUGAUCUCACAGGCGAAGACGACAUCAUUGAUCUCACUGGUGAAGAUGACAUCAUUGAUCUCACAGGCGAAGACGACAUCAUUGAUCUCACUGGUGAAGAUGACAUCAUUGAUCUCACUGGUGAAGACGACAUCAUUGAUCUCACAGGCGAAGACGACAUCAUUGAUCUCACUGGUGAAGAUGACAUCAUUGAUCUCACUGGUGAAGACGACAUCAUCGAUCUCACUGGUGAAGAUGACAUCAUCGAUCUCACAGGCGAAGACAACAUCAUCGAUCUCACUGGUGAAGAAGACAUCAUCGAUCUCACUGGUGAAGAAGACAUCAUUGAUCUCACACGUGAAGACGACAUCAUCAAUCUCACACGUGAAGAAGACAUCAUCGAUCUCACACGUGAAGAAGACAUCAUCGAUCUCACACGUGAAGAAAACAUCAUAGAUCUCACAGGUGGAUCUUCUGAGCCUGAAGUCAUCACUAUCAGUGACGAUGAGUCUCCUUUGGACAGGGAGCAGAGCCAGCAGCAGCCACAUCUUUCCAGAGCAUCAGCUGAAUCACUGGCAAUGGAUGAUGAAGAAGAUAGUGAUGAUGAUUGGCUACGAUUUGAUUUCAAUCGUCGAUUUUGGUCAGAUGAGGAUUCACAGGACAGGGAGCAGAACCAGCAGCAACCACAUGUUUCCAGUACAGCAGGGAAUUCAGCUGAUCUACUGGCAAGGGAUGAUGAAGAGGAACCAAGGGAUGUUGAUGGUGCAUGGCCAGCAGGUCCUGCCAGUCGUCCACUUGGGGAGGAUGAGGACUCAGAGGAAUGGGAGCCCCCACACUUUUUCAGAAGAGCAGAGAAUUCAGCUGAGCUGCCUGCAAGGGAUACUGAAGAGGAACCAAGAGAUAAUCAAGGCAGAUGGCCAGACAGUGUAUACGUUGCUCGAAUUUGGAUGCAUUAUUACUCAGAGUGGUGGUAUUUGCGGCGCCAGCCACAUUUCGUCAGAGCAGAAGACAAUUCAGCUAUGCUAGUGAUGGAGAACAAUCAAGAGGAAGGAAGAGAUAAUAAUGAUUCUCUUCGCUCAAGUGCACAGCCAGCAGGUCCUGCCAGUCCUCCAACUAGUGAAGAUGAGGACUCAGAGGUGGGAAUUAACAUGUUCUCAUAAUUUCUACUUUGUGGGAGGGGAGGGGACAACUCAGUUGUUUUAGGUGGGUGCCACAGGCAGCUGGCUGGAAGCACAGCCCUUGCUGGGAAGCUCCAACUUGCCCGUUCCUCCAAGUUCCUCCUUGGUGAUGUCCAUAGAGGGAGAAACCCUCUGGCAGAGGGCUCUGGCACUGGCAGAUGUAUGUGUUCCUUGUAGUUCUAGCAUUGCUUAACAAAUUGCACAUAUUUCAAGUCCAGUUUUCCUGGUGCCAAUAGAGCAGCAAACUGGAAUUCUUUACUCCCAAUGCCUGUUGUGGUUUCCAUUCUUCAGCAGUGGUUCACCUUAUACUGAGUAUUUAUGGGUAUCACAUUUGAAUUUUCCCUUUUGAGGGAGAAAAAGGGAAAGAAAGCUCCAGGCCAAAUCCAAUUAGGGAACAGAAACAGGGCGGGAAGAAGGAGGGUGUUCAGGGGGUUCUCAGCUGUCUCUGUUCCUACCCUGUUGCAGUAGUGAGAGCAGAAUUAGCAGCACCCACUUCUUUGUUAUUCAGGGCAGCAGCUCUUUGUGCUACUGCUCUGAAUGUUCCUAACUAAACACAGAGGGUGAUGGCCUACCCUUCCUCACCUCCCUGCUGUAACUGCUUUCUGAGCUGAGCUUUGUGUGCAGCACCCCGGGGCUCACCAAAUCUAACUGUAUCUUCUUUUCUCUUCCUUUCCAUGUGUGUUGAUGGAAGUUUCUUGAAGUGCAUGAACAAGAAAGGAGAAAUGUUACACUGAACAGCCAGGAACAGGUGCAUGGCUCUGAUAUUGGAACAGGAGCUAAUGAUGCACCUGUGGCUGAUUCUGCCCCUGCAGGACAGGGAGCAGAGGAGGAGAACACUGGAAGUUCAGAGUAUGUAUGGCUCAUGCCCUACCAAACACAGAAUUCUGUGCCUUUCUUUCUUUUCUGCAUAGGACUAAGUUAUACUGCUAUGCCUGGUUUAUCUUUGAAGCCUUCCCAUACUCUCUGUAUUUCCCUCUUUCUCCCCUGUUGCAUGAUGAUCAAAUGACACCAUUUGCAUUCUGGGAGAAAAAGGCAGCCCAGAGCAGAUGUACAACUUUGCACAGAGGCUUAGAGAUCAGUGUGGGGGUACGGCAAGGAAGGGGGAUUGGUCACAGGCCAUAGCUCAGUAUUGCAUUUGCUUUUUCUGACAAGCUCUACUAGUGAUGUUAGAUAAGGAAAUGCUUCCAUUGUUAUCAAUGGGGCUUGGCAUCAUGGAACUGGCAGGCAGCAGCUGAACAAUUUCCAGCAGAAAUUCCCUGCUGGAAUGGUGCCAGCUGGUUGCCUUUCUCCUGGAUCUGGAGCCCUUCUUCCCAAGGCAGACUUGCACACAGGCAGUUGUGGAGGUCAUGCUUUUAUGGCCAGUGCUGGAUGUCACAAGCCCUGGUUUGUUUGCUUCUGUGAUGGAGAUCUUGCAGUUCAAGUUGAGUGCCUGCCCAGUGAAAUUCCCAUUCUGCAGAGAAACAGGAAAGUCCUGCUGUAGGAGCACUCCAUCAGGAUAAGAAUGAUGCAAUUCUUUAGACUGAUUAAAUUAAACCAGCUGUCUGUGUCACUAGGGAAGACAAAGAACAUGGGAAUUAUGCUCUGCUUCCUCUAGUGCACAGCAAGGAGUUGUCAUUAGAUGUCCCAUUUGCAUGGAAUUUUACUCAGAGUUUAUGCAACGUGGACGACAGCUUGUGUCAACCAUGUGUGGCCAUCUCUUCUGCAGUAGAUGCCUCCCUCUUGCCCUUGAGGCUGUUCACAUGUGCCCAACCUGCAGAUGGGAACUCAAUCCAGAGCAAUACCAUGCCAUUUAUUUAUGAGUGCUUCUGUUUCUCAGGACAGACUUAGAUGGAUCUUGGAGAAUAGGCGAUAUAGAGACUUGUUUCUUCAUGUUUCUAGUUCUUCCUAUAUAUAGUUUCAUUUUUGCUGAAUUCAAUUUAAAUAAAGUUUUGAUUGAUUUAAA